GAGGUUCCAAUUGCUAGGGAAUGAGAAUCGAUGCCCUCGCGAGCAGUCUACGAUCGUGCUGCGCGGCCAGGAAUUUGCUCCAGGGAAGAAAGAUCCACGCGCUCAUCCUCGAGCGCGGCCUCGAGGAUCUCCACCUCCACAACCUCCUCGUCCAGAUGUAUGGCAAAUGCGGCAGCGUCCACGACGCCCACGCCUCCUUCUCCCAGAUCAAGAACCCUAAUCUUUUCUCGUGGAGCACGCUACUCGUGGCAUUUGCCCAGAAUGGGUAUCUGGAGGAGGCCAAAGGGGCAUUCGAUCGAAUGCCACAGCGCGACGUUGUGGCGUGGAAUUCGAUCCUGGGCGCCUACGCCCAGAACGGGCAAUCGCUUGAAGCUGAGAGAUUCUACGAGAGAAUGCCUGGGCGAGACGUGAUCUCCGCGAAUUCGAUCGUCUCGGCGUUUGCCAGGAGCGGCGAUCCGGCCGGCGCGUGGAGGGCCUUCGAGGGCGCCGCGCGGCGCGACGUCGCGCUGUGGACGUCCAUGGCGCAGGCGCGCGCCGCGAGAGGGCAGCUCGAUCUGGCACUGGAGACGCUCCAUCGCAUGGCGCGGUGGAACGUCUUCUCCAGCACGGUGAUGAUCGCAGCGCUGGGAAGGAGCGGCGAUUUGGAAGCCGCGAGGGAAGCGUUUGAUGCCAUGGGCGAGCGCAAUGCAGUGGCAUGGAACGCGCUGCUCACCGCCUACGCGGAUGCGGCGCGGAUGGACGCGGUGGGGGAGGUCUUUGCCCGGAUGCCGCAGCGGGAUACCGUGCUGCAUACCGCGCUGCUCGUGGCGUAUGCCCAGGCCGGGCAUCUCCACGACGCACGGGAGCUCUUCCACGGCAUGCCGCAGCGUGACGUCGUGUGCUGGAACGCCAUGCUGGCAUCGUCUGCGCGGUACCGCCAUCUACCGGCGGCACGGGAGUUCUUCCGCCGGAUGCCGCAGUGGAGCGUCACGAGCUGGAAUUCGUUCUUUACCGCCAGUGCCCAGAGCGGGCAUUUGGAUCACGCGAAAGAGCUCUUCGACGCCAUGCCCGGGAAGAAUCUAGUGUCUUGGAACGCCCUACUGGCAGCGUUUGCGCGGAAUGGACACGCCCAUGACGCGCGAUUGAUCUUCGAUUCCAUGGAGGAGAGAAAUCGCGUGAGCUGGAACGCGGUGAUCGCCGCGCAUGCCCACAGCGGGCAUGGCGAGGAGGUUCUAGGGCUCUUCCGGGCGAUGGUGCUCGAGGGCGUGGAUCCGGACGAGGCAUCGUUCGCGAGCUUGAUGCUGGGAUUCAAUCACCUGGGGAUGGUGGGCGUUAGCCGCGAGCAUCUGGUGGCCAUGCGCGAGGAUUUUGGAGUGGCGCCAGGGAGGGAUCACUACUGCUGCGUCGCGGAUGGAUUGGGGAAGAGUGGGCGAUUGGGUGAGGCGGAGGAGCUGAUCAGGACGAUGCCGUUUAGCGCGGAUGGAUUGGCGUGGGGGAGCCUUGUGGCUGCCGGAUUGAUCUGCUUGGAGACGGAGUAUGCCACUCGCGCCGCUCAGCAAGCAGUGGAUCUAGAUCCCAGGGAUAGUGGCAACUUUGUGCUUUUGUCAAACGCUCAUGCUAGCUAGUGCUCUGUGUAUUCUCAUUGGCCAACUAGUGUUUGGUUAACUGAUACUGUGGAUUUUUUUCGUUCCUCUUUGGUUCCACCAGAGUUUUCUCUUCUAUUUCCACAAAAGAUUGGAUCCAUUGAUCAUUGGAGGAGUGUGCUUUGGUGUGAAGUUGGCUAGCCAACAAUGAAAAAGAUUUUGCUUUGAAAAGUCAAUUUUCCCACACUAUAUAAACGCAUGUUAGAACUAGCCUAUUCACUUCAAAGUUUUUUUUUCUUCCAGUCAGAGUACAAUGGCUUCCAAACUUGUUUUGGUCUCAAUUCUUACUGUUGCUCUCUUUGCUUUUGCAUCUGCCACUAUAACGAAGUGCAAUACCUUCACCAUCCAAGGAUCAGCCCAGUUUGUUUUCGGGCAAAACGAGUUUCAAGUUGUUCCGAGUGAUGGUGUCGGGGAUCGAGAUGGAUCCGUCCAAACGUUUGCAGCUCCUUUGACUGGAAACUCGGGAUGCAUCUACCAAGGAAUAAUCGCCGACACCGGCAGUCUGGAUUUCCAGGUCUCCCAGAUCAAGUGUGGCAAUGAUCGGGUGGAGUUCAUGGGUGACGCUGGAAGUUCCACCCAAGGCUCUUCAACCACGUAUGCGAUUGUUGGUGGUACUGGCAAAUAUGUUGGAGCCACUGGAACUGUGACAGAAGUUUCACUGGGUGGUAUGAACUAUCAAGUCACUGCUAAUAUCAAAGUUUGCAACUAGAGAGAUUUGAAGAAUGUAAUAAAGCUCCACUUUUAGUGGGUAAAUCAAAAUCAUGUUUCACGUA